AUGGUGCGAAGGCCAUCCAUUCUAACCCACGCGAGCUUGCCAACUAACCAGUUGUCCGAAUUCCUCACAGCAGCCAGCCAUUCUUCGAUUCAUUCUGACACCGCCAGCCGGGACACGGACACGGACACGGAUGACGUCCUGUCCUACUACCGGUCUACCCGGGACGCUGCCUCGUCGAAUGUGGCUACUACUCCACGAGCAGGUGCGCAGUCUCGUCACAAUUCCAAUACUUCGACUUCGACUUCGACGUACUCGUCCGACUACUCCGUCGCGUCAGCUGCAGACAACCUUUCCACGUCCACCGAUAUCCACACUAUCCAGCCAUGCGUAGAACCGCCCUCCGCAGUUAGCGCGCGUCGCCGACCUAGUAUACCCACGCAGGGAGGCAAUGAUAGAAGACGUCUUGCAAUCGUGGAACAUGACGCAAAUGAUCAAGAUUCGAGUCACAGGCAAACGUCCGACUCGGUUGGUUCUCGCCAUCGUGCUACUCACUCCAGUAGUGGUCUUGCAUUGGUUGCACCGCCAGACGCGUCGCCCCGAAGCUACUCAGCUUUGCCAUCUUACAGAGCCAGUUUACCGCAGGAUGGUCAGUCUGUGCCAAGCUCAAGAAGCCACACACGGUCGUCAUCGGAGGCAGUCAGAGCUUCGAACAAAGCCAUGGGCCAUGUUCCUCGUAAGUCCUCGCGUGAGGUGGCAAUCGUUGGCACCGCCGCUGGCUUCCCUGAGGGGACUGCAUCGGAUCUACAGCAAUGGUCUAAAUUUUCUCCCCACUUGGACGCACUCAAGCCUCCAUUAUUCCAAAUGCCGCAGUCGAGGUCGCCGUCACCCGGGACUUCUGAGGAUGCUAUUACACUCGGUGUCAGCCCUAUCAAGGAACUUAAAGAAGGCUCAACCCCUGUGGUCACUCCAAACAUAGGAGACUCCAAGCAUAUAAGUGAUCGUGUUGCAGGCCCAAUUAUCAUCAAUCUCUUCCCUGAGUCCCCGUCACCGAGCCCAAGGUCUACAAGCCAACGGUCCACGUCUCAACAGUCCACUGCUUCUAGCGUCAUAUUUUCUGAUCCAUUCUCACCAUCAACCGCUCCCACCUCUCCUGCUUCAGACAUGUUACCAUACCUUCAUUACCAGCCCGGUAUUCAUGCAACUGCUGGACCCCUCCCUCCGCCUCCAAUGGCCCUCUAUAACAUCGAUCCAACGGCCCCUCCUCCCCCUCGACCUCCCAGGCAAUACCCUAUCCGUCGCAGAGGCGACAUGGAAGCCAUCAAGGAGGCCUUGCAACUUCCUCGCCACGUUUCGGCUGCUCUCAAAGCAAAGUCGUCUUCGGCGGCGUCAAGUCCCAAGUCAGUUCUCGCAUGUUCGAUCCAAGUACAAGCCUUACCCUCACCUACAUGUAGCAUGGCAGAGAGCACUGAUUCACUCCCCAAGCCAAUUCACACUCGCGAGGGCGCUUUUCCGCCCUCAAGGUUGUGCACACUUGACGGAGGAGAUGCGGCAACUCGUGUGGACAGUGUUACUCUGCCUGUGUCCCAGUCCGAUUCCAUGGAUGAUCUUAUGGCUACAAUCGGACUUGCCAUAGAUGACAUGGGGAUCAUUAACUCUGAUGACGUGCCCCCGCCAACUAUUGUUGAGCCUCCCCGAAAUCACGAGGGGCACAAUGGAAGGCAAGGUCUUGAAUUACGGGGAAAAGAGCAGGCAAGAUACAGCGUCGGAACGGAGGCGUCCAGAGCUGACCACUCGCCAUCUCAAUCCGAAGAGAACACAAGCAGAAGUUCGCCCCUUGACAAGGUGUUACCACCGGUUCCUGCAGCGGGGGAUGACCUGAACGUAGACGUGAAGAUCAAGAGCAUGAUCCAAAAGCGUUUCUCUACGCUCCCACGCACUCCAUCACUGAUCUCACUUAAUCGGCACUCUGCCACGAGCAAGCAGUCCACCGGCAGUCCACCACUCUCGGUGGAUCGUCCCAUUUUGCUGGCCAGACCCCCUGUGCGCAGAAUAAAAUCCGCUUCUCCUUCAGCAAUGUAUUUCUCGGACGUCCUUGUUAAGAAGACUGCGUUAGAACGGUCCAUAGGAUAUGCUCGCAAAAUCAACGAACUGUAUCACUACGACUGCGGUUUGAGCGGUUGGAUGGCUGAAGUUAGGUGUAGAGGUAUGACUCCGUAUCGACCUGGGAAACGCACUGUACUGAAUAGUGAGAGGCCCCUUGCUCCCUCAACAUUUGCUCCGCCCGUCGAGCGACGUCAUGUCUCGCAAUCGUCUACUGAUUCUGGUGUCACCUUUCCGAGACGACCAGAUGCUUAUUCUGCCACAGAUCUGUCUUCGCGAGUAGCGGGUGAUGGCAGUCCUCCCAACGCUCCUCCGCCUCUCCCCUACCCCGCAUUAGCUGCUGCGCCACGCAAUGGACCUUCAAGGGCAUCCACAAUCAUUGUAACAUCCUCCUCGUCCUCUUCUUCCACGAAAUCUCCUGGAGGGUUCUUCUCAGCACUUGGUCGCAAGACCAGUCUGAAAAAGGAACAUAGCCUCAAUACCCCGUCGUCACCUGUGAGGACUUUGCUUACAAAGAGUCCUCCGAAGGUUGAGCCAACCCCCCGGCCCGUUAACGUCGCACCAGUGACGCCUUCUAUACCCGGUGGGCCACGUGCGCCUCCCAAUCGUGUGCAACGAUCCCAAACUAUCAUACUCACUCCGCAACCACCCCCAAACAACACAAUACCUCAACGUUCUAGUACGACAGGGCGCAGACCUUCGCUGUUUGGUGGUCGCGGAAGUAACAGUAACCCCGAAAAGCAGUCUAACGCUACAUCAGAAAUUGACUUCAAUCGACAACUCGACAGACUUGCUGCACUACUACCCAGAGCGAACAAGAGCCUCCUUGCUACCUAUUUGCGUCACACUGGUCAGGAUAUGCUGGCUCUUGGACAGUACAUAGAGGAUGACAAGAAUGGCACUUAUCGCUACGAUUCAGCUUGA